AUGGCUGAUGAAACUUUACCGUGUCAAGAAGCAUCGGUCACCAAGCAGGAACUAUGCCAUCCUGAUACAAGUCUCUGCAGAUUUGACUCUACAGAUGCAGGAUUAAGAUUGUGUCAGCCCUGUGGAUUUGAAUUUGACACGUGUGGCUGGGCAUCAGAAGCACCUGCUGGGCACAUUUCCUGGUUGCGCACAAAUGCAAGAAGAGUUCCUGCUUUAGAAUCUACACCUCAGCAGGAUCAAAGUAGUGAUGAUGAAGGUUACUAUAUGUGGGUAGGGGUUAACCAUGCUUCUAUUCUUGACCAUUUAGACAGCAGGGCUUAUCUGAACAGCUCUGUGUUUCACUGCUUGGGCAAGAGCUGCCAUUUGCAAUUCUAUUAUGCUAUGGAAAACAGUGUUCUGAGAGUAAGUCUCUAUAACAAUAAGGAAGAAGAAAUAUUUUGGACAUACAAUACAUCAACUCACAAAAAAUGGGUGAAAACAGAUGUGUUAAUACCAGAAGGACUGAAGACAUUUAAGAUUAUAUUCGAAGGGGCUCUUUUAAGCCAGAGAAGUUUUAUUGGGCUGGAUCAGCUCUGGGUCUACGUGUGUGCACAGGCCCCGUCCAUAAAGUCUUGCUCUGCAGGUGAAUUCACUUGUGCCAGUGGUCAGUGCAUUGCCCAGGAAUCAGUCUGUGACUCUCGGCAGGACUGUUCUGAUAAGACUGAUGAAGACCCGGUGAAUUGCUCCAAUCAUCUCAUGUGUGACUUUGAGUCUGGUUUCUGCGGCUGGGAGCCAUUUCUCACAGAAAAUUCACACUGGGAAUUUGUGAAAGGAUUUACUGGUGGAGAGAACCAUCUUCCUGAGGCUGAUCACCCAGCAAACACAAAUCAUGGAUUGUUUAUUUAUUUGCGGGCACAUCAAUUGCCUGGAGUGGCCAAACUUGGAAGUCCUGUUCUUACAAAAUCACUUACUGCCUCUAACCCAUGUCAGGUGCAGUUUUGGUAUCAUUUGUCUCAGCAUUCACAUCUCUCGGUUUUUACAAGAACAUCACUGGAUGGAAAUUUGCAAAAGCAGGGUGAUCUAAUUGGAACCUCCAAAUUUCAGUGGAGACAAGCAAAAAUCAAUCUCUAUGCAAAGACUGGAGAAUCUAGUUUGCCCUUUCAGCUAAUUUUAGAAGCUAUUGUUUUAUCAUCAAAUGCUUCCGUUGCCCUAGAUGACAUCAGUAUAUCCCAGGGAUGUGAAAUUUCAUAUAUGUCACUGCCAGGUACCAGCAUAGUAAACAAAGUUUCCAAAUGUGACUUUGAAGCAAAUAGCUGUGGUUGGUUUGAAGCAAUUAGCGGUGACCAUUUUGACUGGAUAUGGAGCUCCAGAAGUAACCUUUCUGCUGAUUUUGAGCAACAGGCCCCUCCCUGUGAUCAUACUCACAGUACUGCCCAAGGGCAUUUUAUGUUCAUUCUGAAGAAAAGCAGCAGCUUGGCACAAGUUGCUAAACUCCAGAGUCCAACCAUCAGCCAGACAGGAACGGGAUGCACACUUUCUUUCUGGUUUUAUAACUAUGGCCUGUCAGUGGGAGCAGCUGUGCUCCAGCUACAUAUGGAAAAUUCCAAUGACUCCACAGUGCUCUGGAGAGUCUUAUAUAACCAGGGCAACCAGUGGUCACAGGCAACUAUUCAGCUUGGGCGCCUUACUCACCCCUUCCAUCUGACCCUAGAAAAAGUCAGCCUUGGCAUAUAUGAUGGGGUCUCAGCUAUUGAUGACAUCAGUUUUGAAAACUGUACCCUUCCCCUCGCUGCAGAGAGCUGUGAAGGGCCAGAUCAGUUCUGGUGUGGACACACUAAGGCUUGCAUUCACAAGCUUCGGUUAUGUGAUCUGGUGGAUGAUUGUGGUGAUCAUACUGAUGAGGCUGACUGUGCACCUGAACUACAAUGUAACUUUGAAAAUGGAAUUUGUAAUUGGGAACAAGAUACAGAAGAUGAUUUUGAUUGGACCAGGAACCAGGGUCCAACAUCAACACUUAAUACAGGGCCAAUGAAGGAUAAUACUUUGGGAACAGCUAAAGGACACUAUCUCUACAUAGAAUCUUCAGAGCCACAGGUUUUCCAAAACACAGCUGCUUUACUCAGCCCGAUCCUCAAUGCCACUGGUACAGAAAGCUGCACCUUCCGCUUCUAUUACCACAUGUUCGGAAAGCACAUUUAUAGACUGGCCAUCUACCAGCGAAUCUGGAGUAACACAAGGGGGAAGCUGCUGUGGCAGAUAUUUGGGAAUCAAGGCAACAGGUGGAUAAGGAAACACCUCGACAUUCCCAGCAGGCAGCCUUUUCAGGUAUGGAUAAUGGCUUUCAUAAUGUAUACUUCCAAAUCACUUUACCCUGCCUUCUGGUUUAGUAGAAUGGAACAAGAAAACAUUAUCUUCAGGGCAAAACGCAGCGUCAGUUACAUGGGAGAUGUAGCAGUGGAUGACAUUACCUUUCAAGAUUGCUCUCCCCUCCUCAGCCCAGACAGGAAGUGCACUGCUCAAGAGUUCAUGUGUGCUAACAAGCACUGCAUUGCACAGGACAAGCUGUGUGAUUUUGUGAAUGAUUGCACUGAUAAUUCAGAUGAGACUACCUUCAUUUGCAGUCCCUCCCUUGGGUGCUGCGAUUUUGAAUUUGAUCUCUGUUCCUGGGAGCAGGAACAGGAUGAUGACUCUGACUGGAAUCUGAAAGCUAGCAGCAUCCCUGCUGCAGGCACAGAGCCAGCUGCGGACCACACCUUGCGAAAUUCGUCUGGUCAUUACAUCUUCAUAAAGAGCUUGUUCCCUCAGCAGCCCAUGAGAGCAGCCAGAAUUUCAAGCCCUGUCAUAAGUAGAAGAAGCAAAAACUGCAAGAUAAUUUUUCAUUAUCACAUGUAUGGAAAUGGCAUUGGGUCACUCACCUUGAUCCAGGUAUCAGUCUCAAACAAAACAAGGCUCCUAGUUAAUCUCACUGUAGAACAAGGCAACUUCUGGCAGCGGAAGGAACUAAUACUGUCUGGCGAGGAGGACUUCCAACUCCAAUUUGAAGGAAGAGUAGGGAAAGGACACCGCGGUGAUAUUGCACUGGAUGACAUUGUGCUUACGAAGAGUUGUCUGCUCUCCCAUCAGUCCAUGAAAGAACAACCAGCGGUUCCUCUUCCAACAGGUUACUGCCCACAUGGCUAUCGGGAAUGUCAGAAUGGCCAAUGUUAUAAACCAGAGCAAAGCUGUAAUUUUGUAGAUGACUGUGGAGAUUCCACUGAUGAAAAUGAAUGUGGGAGCUCCUGUACUUUUGAACAAGGCUGGUGUGGCUGGCAAAACUCCCUGGCUGAAAACUUUGACUGGGUUUUGGGAGUUGGCUCUCAUCAAAGCCUAAGACCCCCCAAAGACCACACACUUGGAAAUGAAAAUGGGCACUUUUUGUAUCUGGAGGCUACUCCGGUGGGCCUUCGGGGUGAAGAAGCGCACCUCAAGAGUGGUGUGUGGCAAGAAUCCAGUGCUGCAUGCACCAUGAGCUUCUGGUAUUUCAUAUCUGCAAAAGCCACAGGGUCCAUUCAGAUUCUCAUUAAGACAGAGAAAGGACUAUCAAAAGUAUGGCAAGAAAGUAAGCAGACUUCUGGUGAUCAGUGGCAAAAGGCUGUCAUCCUUCUAGGAAAAUUAAGAAAUUUUGAAGUUAUGUUCCAAGGUAUCAGAACAAGGGAUCUAGGAGGAGGAGCUGCAAUUGAUGACAUUGAAUUUAAAAACUGCACGACUGUGGGAGAGACUUCUGAAAUUUGCCCAGAAGCCACUGAUUUUUUGUGCCACAACAAGAAGUGUAUUGCAUCCCAUCUUGUCUGUGACUAUAAACCAGACUGCUCUGAUAGGUCUGAUGAAGCUCACUGUGGCCAGUACACAACCACAACAGGAAGCUGUAAUUUUGAAACAACUUCCGGAAAUUGGACCACAGCCUGCAGUCUUACUCAAGACUCUGAAGAUGACUUGGACUGGGCCAUUGGCAACAGAAUUCCUGAUGAAGCACCGAGUGCAGACUCUGAUCAUACACCAGGUAGUGGACAACACUUCGUGUAUGUCAACUCAUCUGGUCCCAAAGAAGGAUACACUGCAAGAAUCACUACUUCCCAAUACUUCCCAGCAAGCCUCGGAAUGUGUACUGUUCGGUUCUGGUUCUACAUGAUCGAUCCAAGGAGCAUGGGAGUACUAAAGGUAUAUACUGUUGAGGAAUCUGGACUAAAUAUCCUGGUGUGGUCAGUGAUUGGCAAUAAAAGAACCGGUUGGAUGUACGGAUAUGUACAUCUCUCCAGGAACAGUCCAUUUAAGGUGGCAUUUGAAGCUGAUUUGAGUGGUAAUGAACACAUCUUUAUUGCCCUUGAUGACAUCUCCUUUACCCCAGAAUGUGUAUUUGGAGGUCCUGUCACAACACAGCCACCACCUUGUGAAGCUGAUCAAUUUUCUUGUGUCUACACACUCCAGUGUGUCCCCCUCUCAGGGAAAUGUAAUGGACAGGAGGAUUGCAUAGAUGGAUCGGAUGAAAUAGAUUGUUCUCUCAGCCCUCCUCCUCAGCUCUGCGGUAAUAGGGAGUUCCAGUGCUCUACCCACAAGUGUAUCCCAUCCCUCCUGCUCUGUGAUGGAGUGCCUGACUGCCACUUUAAUGAAGAUGAAUCCAGCUGCUCCAAUGUCAGCUGUUCUGAGGGAGCUCUGCUGUGCACCUCCUCUAACAGCUGUAUCCCCGUUCACGAGCGCUGUGAUGGUUUUGCCAACUGCAUGGACUUCCAACUUGAUGAGUCCAGCUGCUCAGAGUGUCCAAUAGCUUAUUGCAGAAAUGGUGGAACUUGUGUGGUGGAGAAAAGUGGUCCUAUGUGUCGAUGUCAUCAAGGAUGGGCCGGAAAUCGAUGCCACAUCAAAGUUAACCAAUCCACUGCAGAUCCCACAUACUCUCAGAAUAAUAUAUGGACUCUCCUGGGUAUUGGAUUUGCUUUCCUGAUGACUCAUAUUAUAGUUGCCACCUUGUGUUUUCUUGCAAACAGAAAAGCACCAGUAAGUAAAGUUGACUUUUUAGAUUAUGUUAGGAUCAUUUUUGAUGACAACAAAAAGGAGAACAUGGCAUUCUCCACUGAUUAA